AUGGCGAGAUCCUUGUAUAUUUGUUUAUUCUUCUUAUUCAUUUCUUCGACAUCAAAGCUAACCACAAGCUAUCCUCUCUCCACAAAGUCUCGAUGGAUCGUGGACGAGAAAGGCCAAAGGGUGAAACUAGCUUGCGUGAACUGGCCGGCUCAUCUCCAGCCUACGGUAGCUGAAGGGCUAAGCAAACAACCAUUAGACUCCAUCUCCAAGAAGAUUGUCUCAAUGGGAUUUAACUGCGUUAGGCUCACUUGGCCUCUUGAUUUGAUGACUAACGACACAUUGGCCCUUAAGGUUACUGUUAAACAGUCUUUCGAAAGCUUGAAGUUGUUUGAAGAUGUUCUUGGGAUUCAGACUCACAAUCCCAAAAUCCUUAAUCUCCCCCUUCUCAACGCAUUCCAGGAAGUGGUAUCGAACCUAGGACAAAACGGAGUGAUGGUGAUACUAGAUAACCACUUGACAACCCCAGGCUGGUGCUGUGGCGAGAAUGACCUCGACGCCUUCUUUGGCUACCCUAACUUUGAUCCCAAAGUCUGGGCCAAUGGCUUGAGCAAGAUGGCUACUCUGUUCAAAGGUGCCACUAAUGUCGUUGGUAUGAGCCUUAGGAACGAGCCACGUGGCACUAGAGAUUACCCUGACCUUUGGUUCAGGCAUAUGCCAGAAGGAGCAGAAGCAGUGCACGCCGCAAACCCUAAAUUACUAGUCAUCCUCUCAGGCAUCGACUUCGACACAAACCUAUCUUUCCUCCGUGAUCGUUUCUUCAACGUAAGCUUCACCGACAAACUCGUCUUCGAGCUCCACUGGUACAGCUUCUCCGACGGCGGAGACUCGUGGAAAAAAUACAACUCUAACGAUUUCUGCGCCAAAAUCAUCUCAAAAGUUACACACAACGGAGGAUUCUUAGUUGGGAGAGGCUCUCCUUUGAUCUUGAGUGAGUUUGGGACUGACGAGGGAGGCGGUGACAUCAGCGGAAACCGGUAUAUGAAUUGUUUGGUUGCUUGGGCGGCUCAGAAUGAUUUGGAUUGGGCGGUUUGGGCAUUAACCGGAGAUUAUUACUUGAGAAGCGGUAAAACGGAUAUGGCUGAGACUUAUGGUAUCUUGAAUCCGAAUUGGAAAGACGUGAGAAACGCUACUUACUUGCAGAAACUCUCUGGAAUCCAACAACCCUUUAGAGGACCUGGAUUACAAACCAAGAACGUUCUCUUCCAUCCAUCAUCUGGACUCUGCGUCACCAAUAAUCCCUCAGACAGAUCACCCACACUUCGAUUAGGACCAUGCCCUAAAGCCGACACAAGUGCGUUCAACAUCAACGAAGGCAUUCUUUGGGUCAAUAAAAUGUGCGUGAAAAUUCCAAGCUUUGCUGGACAAAAGGUGGAGCUUGGAGUUGGCACUAACUGUUCUAAGCUGGGACAAAUCGCAGCUACCAAGAUGCAUUGGUCGUUCAAGACAAGUAAUGGUUUGUUGCUAUGUCUUGACGUGGACGAACGUGACAACAGCGUCGUCGUUAACCCUUGCAAGUGUUUGACUAAGGAUGGUUCGUGUGAUCCAGCUAGCCAAUGGUUCAAAGUUCUUUAAAUCUAUAUAUUUUCUAUAUGUUUUAUUCUUGAGAUAAUGUAUUUGUAAUCAUCAAGACUACGAUCGAUCGAGCAUUUUCAUCCUUAUAUUAUAUAGUACUUAU